GUUAGCUUGCCCAUUUUUCCUCUGUUGUUUAAGGGCAAAAGAGGAAAUAUGCUUUUAAACACAUUUCAACGACGAGUAAACUUUUCUAAUACUAUUUGACUAAAGGAAUGGCGGCCAGACGAGUCAGGCUUUUCGCCUAAACUGAAACAACAACUUUAGUCGGUUUAGGAAGGGUCAAAAACCCAUUUCCACCAUGUUAAAAUUCAGCUUCAGGAGGGAGAAAGACAAGGACUUUAAGCACAUAGCGCAUGGUCUGAUCCCUGCUGCCUCCAUUGCUCCCAAGCCUGCUGUGCCUCGUACCCCACCCCCACGCAGCCCAAACCCCUCGCCUGAGAGACCCAGAUCAGCCUUAGCAGCAGCCAUCUUGUCUUCUUCGCUCACUGGACAGACAUGGGCCAUCCCCCCUGCACGGCCGAGGUCUUUCUCUGCGAGUGAUCAGUCAGAGUCCUUCAUAUCUGAGCCAAACAUCAGCAAAGCACUUUUUAACAGAGACAGAUGGUCAGAAGAUUUCGAUAGCCGACCACGCCUGCCCUCCUCUGACCACUCAGAGGAGGAGCUGGAGGACAAGGAAGAGGACGUGGAGAGUGAAGAGGACAGGGAAGAAGAGCAUGUUUACCAAACUCUUGACAGACGGGAGGAUUGUUCAAUCACAGAGCCCGUCUAUUCCACGCCACUGAAACCUAAGGCCAGCCCACCCCAGCUGAUUCAGAUGUCUGGCAGGAGAGUGCCUUCUCCAGAUGUCCCUGAGGAAACCAGUGUCCAGUCUGCCGGAGCCAGCAGUGAUUCUUCCAAGAAGAAAGCAUCUACCAGGAAGAGCCGUAAAGAUGUGCCACCUGUGCUACCCGUCUUAACCACCAACCACCCCAGUCAAGCCCAAAACCCCAAACAGCCCACCCAGCUCUCUCCAGAGCCCAGCAGGGUGUGCGGUGAGGAGCAGAGAGAGUCAGCGUGGGCCUCACAGAACAACACAAGGAUGGCAGAUGAACAGAAGCUUCUGGAGGAGAGACUGCAGCGGCUGGAACAGGAGAUCAGUCACAGUCCAUCCUCCUCAAACAUGAGGUCAUCUGCAGGCAGCCAGGCAGAGCUCCUAAAUCUGAGGCAGCAUGCUCAGGAGCUGGUGGAUGAAAAUGACGCCCUCAAAUUGACAGUUCACCGCCUGAAUGUGGAGCUGAGCCGCUACCAAACUCACUACAGACCACUUUCCAAACAGGAGAGCUCCAGAAUCAGUGGCUUACCAAAGACAGGGCCUCCUCCUCCCUGGCUGCUUGACAUGAAGUAUUUAUCUCCUUUGCUGCUGGCAUAUGAAGACAGGAUGAAUGAGAAAGAUGCAUGUCUGCAAACCACAGAGGAGGAGGUGAAGAAGUUGCGCGUUCAUGUACAGGAGGUGAUCAAAGAAAAUGAGAGACUCCAUGAUGAAAUUGCAAAGAUUGGAGGGAUCAGCCAAAAGAACUGUCACCAGCUACAACAGCAGGCCCUACUGGUUUUGCAGGAGAACCAGGUUCUGAUUGAUCAGCUCGAGGCUCAACAUGUUAAGGCAAAGGCCAACCACAGCAAACACUUUUCUGAAGUUUCCAAGGUGUCGAAGCAGCUGAUGUUGCUGGAGGCAGAAAAGCAGCGUCUGCAGGAGGAGCUGGAAGAGAGCAGGAGGGAAGUGCAGAAAAAUGGGAGGGAGGUACAAGUUCUGCAGGCUCGCCUGAAGGAUGCCAUCACCUGGGAAGAACACUGCAACAUCACUGGGAAACUCAGACGACAAUUGGAGCAGCAGGAGAGUAGGAAUAAGAGCGAGAUGGACGAGUUGCUUCUCAGACUGUCCAGGCUGCAGGAGGAGAACAGGAGUCUGGCUCUGGACAGAGCCAACCUGACUGCGGAUAGAAAGAGACUAGAGGCUGAGCAGGAGCUCACCAAACAGGCCAGCAGGAAGGCUGAGAGGAAGAUGAGUGUACUGAAGAGGCAGAAGGAGGAGUGUGUGUUGAAAGAGGAAAAGACUCGGCAAUACAUGGGAGCUGUCAUUUCUGUGGCGGAGCACAUUUCCCAGGAGAGAGACCAGCUGUUACAGAUGGCUUCAGUUCUUCAGCAGGAAAAGCAGGGAUUCGUCAAAAGGAUUCUGAAUGGCACAGUUCGAUUCGGAAAGCUACAGGAAGAAGUCAAAGUGUACCGGAGGCAGGCGUCAACCAGACUGGCAGUGUUGGAGGAGGCAGCGGAGGGGAGGACAGCCUCUUACCAGAGGGAGAUCCUUCACCUGCAGAGGCUGCUGAGAGAAAGACAGGAGGCUGAGGAGAGACUGCUGCAGUCCAAACGGGAAGUAGAGGAAGAGUUGGAGGUUGUGUGGCAGGCAGCGACCAGGGAGAACCAGCGGAUGAAGGAUAGUCUUCUGGACUCUAGGCUCACUGUGGACCUCCCAGGUCGUACCUCUCCUGGCUGGACCUCUCAGGCUCCAGAUGAGGCCAUUACAUCCUCCCAUCAUCAAAGCCCUGGGCUCCAGAGAAGGUCCACAUUUAAAUCUGACUAUGAUAGCCAAAACAAAUCAUUGGAGGAGAAACACAAGCAUGGGCUGGAUUUCUAUUGCUAAGAUUCUCUGAGCCAUAAAAUGUAGGUGUUCACUCAUAACGGCAACAUAGAAUGGGUAGGUAACUGCAUUAGUUACAGUCCUCAACAUGUCAACAAACAGGCAUCUGUCAGACCUUAUUUCAUAUAUAAAACCUUAAACAUGCACCAGCACCGGCAACAGCACUGGGUAAAAGUCACUUCACAAUUUUGUGACAUAAGAACACAAGGAUUACAAAACAUAAAAAAACAUAUAAAAAAUCUAAGGGGGAAAAUCAUUAUGAAACAGCUCACAAAGCUCAGUUGAGACAGUGUGGCCAAAUAUACCUGACAUCAUUCUGGGUAGUCAGAUAGACUUUCAUUUUAUAGGAUUUUUAAUCUAGUUGUCUUUUUAAAUUUAUCUCAGGAUUUUAUGCCAAGUAUGAUAGAUUAACAAGUAUAACCAAUAGUGCAGAAAGUUGUAUUAUUUAAGGUGACUAGUCCCAAAGAAGAAAGCCAGUGUUGCCACCUGCUGGGCACAUAUGGUAGUGGUAUUAUCAACAUCAGUUGUAACUGAUGAGGUACACAACAGAUAGAUAUGGAAAAUCUACAGGUAUGCGAAGUGUGUGUGUGUGUGUGUGUGUAUGUGUGUGUGUACGUGCGUGUGAAGGCUGGGGUCAAGAGUAACAUAGGGCAUGUCAUCGACACUUUAUAAACUUGAUAAUCACAGGAAAUCAAAGUGAAUGUUUAAAAUGACCAAAAUAGUACUGAGUGAGGUAACAGGAGGCUAGACUUUUGAUGGUAUUUUAAGUGGACUACCUUGUCAUAAAAGUAAGGUAAAAAAAUAAAAUAAAAUAAAAAGGUGAAAAAAAAUAAAAGGUGUUUAUACACAAAGAAAUGCAUAUAUAUUGUACAUGCUUGGUUCUAUUUUGCUAUUGUUAUUAUUAUCUUUUUUUAAAAUGUCAUAUUACAUAUUGGACAUGGCUGAUAUAGUUGGAUUUGUUAAAUGAUUUCAACGUACAAUUAAAUGUGUGUUAGACACAGUAGAUGCAA